CGGCCGCACUCGCCACUCGGCGCUGAGGUGGUGGUUGUGCGGCGGCGGCGGCGGCGGCCAGGAGUCAGUGUGGGCGGCGGCGGCACUGGCACUGGAGGAGUUGCUUUGGAACUGGUGGGUGACCGUGAGAGACAGAAGAACACUUCGACAGCGGAUUCACCGAAUUUAGAUGUCCUCCAGGGAUAGUGAAGAGCAAGAAGAUGAGCUGCUGGCCCUUGCCAGUAUUUACGACGAGGAUGAAUUUAAGCGCGCAGAGUCCUCGCAGGGCGGAGAAAUAAACGUCUGUUUGGAAUUACCAUCAAGCUUCAAAAUAUUUGUUUACGGCGAUGAAAAGCAGAAUAAGGAGGAUCUGAUUGAAUAUAUAGUUUCCUUUCUGCCCCCUCUUGUGCUGAACUUUGAUCUUCCACCGGAUUAUCCAUCGUGUUCUCCUCCCAAGUAUACCUUGAGCUGCAAGUGGCUUUUCCGAGCCCAGCUCUCUGCACUUUGUACUUCCCUGGAUAAAAUUUGGAAAGACGGUGGCAAUUGUGUGGUGCUAUUUUCAUGGAUGCAAUUCUUAAAAGAAGAGACCCUCUCCUUUCUGUGCAUUGAGUCUCCAUUGGAAAUCCGAAGAGACGUUAAAGGAACAUCUGAAUGCAUUUUCUCGAAGGGUAAGAAGAAAGAGCUUGGAUUGCCGGAUAAUGCCGAGUGUCCCCUUGACCCGAGAGCUAUCCGGGAUGUGGCCUCGUGGGGUAGCAUCUUGCGUGAGAUCUUGGAUUUUGAUCAGAAGCAGCAACAGCAAACUUUCAAUGGCAAGGCGUUCACUUGUGGUGUAUGCUUUUCUGAGAAGCUGGGGACUGACUGCACUUACUUUAAGGAGUGUAAACACGUGUACUGUCGAGCCUGUAUGAAGGAAUAUUUUGAGAUUCAGAUCCGAGAUGGAAAUGUUCAGUGCCUUAACUGUCCGGAGUCAGAGUGCGCUUCCAUUGCUACACCAGCACAAGUCAAAGAGCUAGUCGAGGAGGAGAUGUUUGCACGGUACGAUCGCUUGCUCCUUCAGUCCACAUUAGACCUCAUGUCAGAUGUGGCUUAUUGCCCUCGUAGCGUUUGCAGGUCAGUGGUGUUGCUUGAGCCUGGCAGCACUAUGGGCGUGUGCCCAGGAUGUCGUUACGCGUUUUGUGCACUGUGUGAAAUGGCCUACCAUGGAAUUUCCCCCUGUAAAUUAAAGUCAGAGAAACUUUCUGAGUUGCGGGACGAGUACUUGGCAUCGGAUGAAUCUGGGAAAAAACUUUUAGAAAAGACUUAUGGUCGGCGAGUGAUUGAAAAAGCAGUGGAGGAAUUGUGCAGCCAGGAUUGGCUGGAGAAGAACUCAAAGCCAUGUCCACGCUGUGGCACAAACAUACAGAAGAUGAAUGGAUGCAAUAAGAUGACUUGCACGGGCUGUAAACACUACUUCUGUUGGCUUUGCAUUUGUCCACUACCAAGACUGGAUCCAUAUGGACAUUUCAGUGAUUCCAACUCACCGUGUUUCAAUGGGCUUUUCCAAGGUAUCGAGGUUGACGAAGACUUGCUGAGUGAUGAAGAUGACGAAGACAUUUUUUUGUAGUUUUCUGACGUUUGCCGAAGAUUUAUCAUUACACAAAGCUUCUGUGUUAAGCAUUUGAAACUGGCAAGUUGCUUUCACUUCCAGCCUAAUCAAUUGUGGUCAAGAUAUCUCUCAGUGGCCGUCAUAUUAACUACACUGAAAUGUCUAGAUCAUAAUUUGAAUUAUUAUUUUUCAGCUUUCAAGCAUAUGGAGUGGAAAACAGGCAGGCAAGUUUGAGGCAAAAUCAUGUUCUAGCAUUGAGUGGAAAUCAGUUGGUGAAAUUCAUUAGUUGAAAGCUGUUCCUGGGAACCAUUUUCAGAGGCAAUUAACGGCAAAGAAAUGAUGAUCAGUUUUUAAUUCCAGUUUUAUUUUCCACUGCACCAAUACCUCCCCCCAGAAAACUCUGAGAAAAUCAUAAAUCUUCACGUAACACUCAGAUUGCCAAAUUGCUAUUGUGGACUUAUUUUUGCGGCCUUUGAUUUAUUGGCCAGGCCAUUGAUGGCAAAAGAUAGACACAAAAAGCUAGAGUAAAUCAGCGGGUCGGGCAGCAUCUCUGGAGAGAAGGAAUAGAUGACGUUUCGGGUCGAGGUCCUUCUUCAGUCAGAAGAAGUGCCUCGACCCAAAACAUCACCUGUUCCCAUUUCUCCAGAGAUGCUGCCUGACCCGCUGAGUUACUCCAGCUUUUAGUGUCUUAUCUUCAGUUCCAACCAGCAUCUGCAGUUCCUUUCUGUCUGCACAUUGAUGAUAAAACGUUAUCUUGAUGCGCUGCCUAAUUAUGAAGUUUUGAAAGUUAAUCUUGGCUCGGAAAUGGGGUUGGAGAUGGUGUGGGAAGCAAAUUUGUGUGGGGAUGUUUUAUUGAAAUGGAUUUGGUUUUAAUACUGAAGUUGGAUCGAUUUUAUUCCAGUCCUGAUGUUUCUAUGUCUCACUUAUAGCAGUGUUAGUUCAAUGGUUUGUAAAGAGCAUAGGAAAAAAACCAAAUGAGACCAUGAAAUAGAAUGGCAAGCGAUGAUUAGAAAGAAGUUGCCCUUAGUUAGCGAUUCUUCGCACUUCCUUUAAUGUCUGAGGCACCACUUAUCACCUAGUGCAAAACAAUAGCAACCCUCAAAUUUUAAGCCAUUUGGCAGCUGCACGUCUACGAGAUUACCUAAGCAACAAAUCACUACACAUUAAAACAAGAAGUUAAGAAUUUGCUUAGUAAUCCUUUUGUUGACUUCUCUUCCCUUUUUCACCCCCAUUUUAAACAACGAUUCCUUUUUCCCCUCAGCGUAGUAAAUCGUUGUACUUUUAGAAUAUCUUGGUGCUGUUUGUUAAACAGCACCCUCCUUUAGCCCAUGAGUUUUCACUGAAGGUCGCUGGCUCAGGUGAGGUGGGUCUAGGAAGCAAGUCUGCCAAUCCAGUUAUUGGACAGAUUGGUGAUGGGGCAAAAAAAUGCAAUACAAUGGUAAAUUUAAAAAAAUAUUUUAAAACUUGUGCAAUAGACUGAAAUCACUUAGUGUGGCAAUGUUUGGAAUGUCUACCUGCGUGUGGGUUUACAUUACUUAUCGGUUGCAUACCUUGAAAUACGCAUAAACAUCUACUCUCAACUUUCAAUGCAAGAAAGGCAUGUCUGUUAACAAAGCUGCUCAGACAGUGUUACAUUAAUGUAUUAUUUCAGUGCAAAAUAUAUUCAAGUAUCAUGAAAGAGAAAUGUGAUGAUGCUCAAGAAAUGAUGGAAUAACAAAUAUUUUGGUGACCUGGUAAUCCUGUCUGAGGAAUGUUAAAUAAAUUGGAUUUAUCCUUA